AUGGUGGUGUGUCUGGAGGCUCCAGGAACCACGGUGGCACCCAUGACCCCAGUAUCACCUUCCCCCAGCGACAGUAGUGGCAGUGCCUGCAACCUUGGCCUGCCUGACAGUGGUGGCAACACCCUUGAACCCAGUGCCCCCAGCAGAGGAGGUGGCAGUACUCCCAGAAAACCAAAGAGCAGCAGUGGAGGCAGUGUAUGUGACACUGGCCCCCUGGCCACAGUGGAACCUGAGGCCACAGAGAACCAGGUAUCAGUGGCCAUGGAGCCCGCAACCCCGGCACCCCCAGCCGCAGCAGCACUCGCAACCCCAGCCCCCUUACCUGUGGAGAUGGCGCCUGCAGACUCAACAAUCACAGAUGAGGCAGAGGUGCCCCAUGACCCUGACUCCCCCUGUACCCUCCCCUUCCCCCACCACGGUGGCAAAAUCUGUGACUCAGGUGACCCUAGAAACAGCAGAGGCACUCGCCAGCCCAGUGACCCCAGUGGUGACAUCUGUGACCGCAGGAACAUUGUUAGCAGCAAGGCACCAGCGACCAUGGAGGCACAAGCAGCACAAUGA